AUAAAUAUUUGGGUGCAAGCAGCAGCUGAUUCGUUUUCCUAGUUUAGUGACCAUGGAGUCAGCGUUGCUUUUGCUGAUAACGUGUGGGAUUUCUGUUAUCUUGUUAGCUGAAAGUGCAGUUUCUUCCCUCCAGAAGGGAUCAGUGAGAUGCCGCAUUGGCCUCUAUUCAUGUAAGGAUGGCUCUGACUGUGUUCCCUCCAGCCAUGUGUGUGACGGAGAGAAGGACUGUAAAGAUGGGUCUGAUGAGGACGGCUGUACUAUGGAAUGCAGUUCAGGUCAGUUCCAGUGUGCCCAUGGCAAGAAGUGCAUCGACAAGAGACUGGUGUGUGACGGAGAAGCCCAAUGCCAGGACCGGUCUGAUGAGGGAGACUGUUUAAAGCCUGAGGGCUGUGUUCAUCAGUGUGAUGAGAAAUCGCGCUGUCUGCCGGCAACCUUUCUUUGCGAUGGAGAGAAGGACUGCCAGGAUGGUACUGAUGAGUCUGGUUGUGUUGAAGGUACAGAAACUACCCCUCAAGAGGCGCCGAAGCGGUGUCCCAUUGGUCUCUUUGGGUGUACGGAUGGCUCUGACUGCAUACCCUCCAGUUAUGUGUGUGAUGGAGAGUCGGACUGUAAAGAUGGCUCUGAUGAAGCGGACUGUGCCCUUAAAUGCAGCACAGAUCAGUUUCAGUGUGCCCAUGGCAGGAAGUGCAUUGACAAGAGCCAGUUGUGUGAUGGGCUAAUCCAGUGUCAGGAUCAGUCUGAUGAGGCAGACUGCUUGAAGUCUGACGGCUGCAUUCAUCAGUGUGACAACAAAACCCGCUGCCUGCCGGAAACAUUCUUGUGUGACGGGGAGAGGGACUGCCAGGAUGGCACUGAUGAGACACGCUGUGCUGCUGAGAGCUGCAGCAACUCUGAGUUCCGAUGCUCCAGUGGCCAGUGUGUGUCCAUGAGCGUCCACUGCGACGGGCACCCUGACUGCAGGGACCACUCCGACGAGGAUAGAUGUACCCAGCCCCCUCCCUGCUCCACCGACUUCCGCUGCCCCCACAGCCAGGAGUGCCUGCUGGAGGACUGGCUGUGUGACGGCGAGAAGGACUGCAAAGAUGAGACUGAUGAAAAGAAUUGUGCGGUGCUCCCAGUGGCAUGCGGAGAGUUCCAGUGGUCCUGUGCCUCAAAGACCCAGUGCAUCCCAAGAACGUGGAGGUGUGAUGGCAUGAAGGACUGUACUGAUGAAAGUGAUGAAAUGGUCUGUGGUCGAGCUGUGUGCCCCUCACAUCAGUUCCAGUGUGAGAGCACUGAGUGUAUUGACAUUGCUCUGGUUUGUAAUGGCGUGGCUAACUGUCAGGAUGGUUCUGACGAAGCUGAAGCCUGCCUCAGUGACCCGUGCCCUUCCGCUGACACAUCCCAGUGUGCUCAUCUCUGUUACAACACGCCGCAUGGAACUUCUAGUGUGCCUCUUUUGCAGAAAUGUGGGUGCAGGACUGGAUUUAAACUUCAAGAGGAUGGGGUGAGCUGUGUCAACAUUGAUGAGUGUGGAGACAGCCAUCUUGUGUGCAGUCACUCUUGUGAGGACACUGAGGGCGCAUUCAUUUGCAACUGCAACCAAGGCUAUGUGCUUGAAUCUGACGGUCACAGUUGCAAGAUUAUGGGAGAGCCUUAUUUGCUGGCUGGUGUGCAGUCAGAGUUAUUCCUCCUGGGUCUUAGAAGCUCAAGCCUUGAUGUGCUGGUCUCCUCUGAGAAGUUUAUUUUGUCUGUCGAUUAUGACUGGCAAGAGCAGAAAGUGUUCUGGAUCAGCCUGAAUGCUGAUUCCAUAAAGUGGUCUUCACUAGACAAGAAGAGCAAAGGAACAAUCAUCAAAGGCAUCAAUGCGGAUUGCAUUGCAGUGGACUGGGUUGGAAGAAACUUGUAUUGGAUUGAUGGUUUUGGAAGCCAAAUUAAUGCCAUUGGAUUAGACCAGUCACAUAUGAGGUCCAAUGACUAUGUUCCAAUACUCGAUGAAGAACUGGAACAGCCACACUCCUUGGCACUGCUACCAGAAAAAGGGAUCAUGUUCUGGUCUGAGACGGGCGGAGAAGCCAGGAUUGGGCGUGCUGGAAUGGAUGGGUCUGACAGGAGGGUUCUGAUUAAAGAUGGCCUGAGGUGGCCGGCCAGUCUGGCUGUAGACUCACUGGGGCAGAGAAUCUACUGGACUGAUGAGAAACUGAAAUGCAUUGGGUCAGCCACACUGGAUGGGGGGGACAUCAAGCUCCUACAGUUGAUGGAGACGCCCAGUCCAUUUUCUGUGUCUGUGUUCAAUGACAUGGUGUUCUGGUCAGACACAAAGAAAAGGACCAUCCAGAAGGCUCAUAAGGUCACUGGGAAAAGACGUGAGGUUCUUCUAAAACGACCUGGACAACCCUUGGGCUUGAAGGUUGUUCAUGCUCUCCUACAAGCAAGAGUGGGUAAUGUAUGUGCCAAGCAUCAGUGUUCUCACUUGUGUGUGGUGGCACCGGGUCUGAAAGCGGUUUGCAAGUGCCCAUCCCAUCUGCUUCUGGAUGACAACAGGUUGACUUGCUCUAAACCAAAGGACACUUCAUUCAUCUUAGUGCUAUCCUCAACUGCUCUCACUCAGAUGUACUUGCAGAACCGUAAUCAGGCCAACAACCUGAAGAGCUGGCCAGAGCAUCGUCAACUGGAGCUUCCCAACAUGAACGAGCCAACGGCGUUUGACUUCACGGUGAAGGACCUCACUCUGUACCUGGCUGAUGCAGGCCAGGCCUCGGCCGAGCUCUUCAAGGUGAAGGAGUCAACCCUGGUGUCCAGGGGCCAGCUGCUCCGCCUCAGCAAGGACUACGUGACCGCCCUGGCUGUGGACUGGAUCACCCUCAACCUCUACUGGAGCAGCACUAAGCAGCCUCGUUUGCAGGUCACGUCGGCCCAGGGCGCGCACACCGCCGUGCUGAUCUCCGAGGGCUUGUCCCAGGGCCUCGACGCCAUUGCCCUGCACGCGCCCAGCGGGCGGCUCUGUUUCGUGAGCCUCGGGAAGGCGGGAGACGACCAGACGUCCCAGGUGGAGUGUGCUUACAUGGACGGAAGAAACCGAACGCUGGUCAGGGAGACUUCCACACAGCUGGGGUCGUUGACCCUCUCUGAGGAUGGCGGCAAACUUUACUGGGCUGACACAGAUGCAGGACUUAUCGUGUCGAUAGGUGCGGAUGGAUCGGAUUACAAGGAGCUGAAAAGGAGCGUGGGCUUGAGGGCAUUUGCCCUCAUAAAUGGCGUGCUCCUCUGGGUGACCAAGAGUGACACCACCAAAUUUUGGUACAGAGAUGAUAAGGACGAUAAGCUGUGGUUUGAAGUCAGUACAGAUGUCAUCGGUUUGAAAGCCUAUAGCAAAGCCAGUCAGUUGGGAAUCAACCAAUGCUCGAAUGGAAACGGAGGCUGCAGGCACCUGUGUCUUCCUUUCCCUGGGGGCAGGACCUGCAGAUGUGCCCAUGACCACCUCCUAGCUGACAGUGUGGGCUGCACCCCUGACCAGCGCUGCCCCUCUGGCACCAACUCAUGCCUGGACGGGCAGACAUGCAUCCCCAGUCACCAGUUCUGUGACGGGAAUCUGGAUUGUCCAGAUAACUCUGAUGAAAACUGUGCCCAUCAGAGAGUGAAAACCGGUUCCAGUUCCCCUACAACCACAUCCAUCUCCCAAGUUCCGGUUACCAUAGCCAACGAUGCCGCAGUGCGCAACCUGGACGCGUUGCCGUGUAACGACAAGCUCUGCAACGGACGUGGCAACUGCGUGACUCUGAAUGGAGAUGUCUCUUGUGCCUGCUCUUUGGGCUAUGGUGGAGACUUCUGCCAGGAUGAGCUGGGUGGGCUCAAGAGCACCAUCACCUAUGGAGCUGCAGCAGGGGGAGCUGGUAUCCUGGUCAUUAUUGCCAUCAUUGCUGUGGUCAAGAGAAGAUCUGUCUCCAGUCAAAGAGCCAACCCCGAACUGGGUGAGACUAGCAUGGAAGUGCUUGAGAAACCUGAUCUGCAUCCCUCAGAACCUUCCUCGGCCAAACAUCCUGAUCACCCUGAGGAUGUGGCAUCUUCAGUGGACUAGAUCUGCUGUUUCAUUUUAUCUAACAUCUUUGAUCAAAUAAAGUGUGUAGCACUUCU